CAAAAGACAAACCGAGAAAUAAAUAAGGAAGAGGGGGAGGAAGAAGAAGAAUAGAGAGAGAGACAGAGAGAGAGAUGUCGGGAGCUCACGUGAUGAAGAGGAUUCCUCGAAUCAAAUUCCCCCAGAGGCAUCCAAAGCCGCAAGGAUCUUCUCCCGCUGCCGACCAAAACGUGGAGAUCUCUCGUUCGGGCUUCACCUCCCAACCAAAGGCACCCUCGUCAUCUGCGAAAGUCUAUAGAUUCAGAUCAGAAGUUCCUGCUCCACCAACUCAUACUGGCGUAGGGGGGAAGGCUUCAAUGCUGCCAAAGCGCACGCCAGUCUCGGACAAGGAGAUUGAGGCUAUUAUGUUGGGGGGCUGUUUCUAAAUUGAAGAUUGUCAUCAUAUCUCCAUCCAAUAAAGAGAAUAUGCUUCACACUAUGGUGGCAACAGUGUGGCGAAGAACUAGGCCUCCGAAUCGAAACAUUGUUGAAGGCUUAAACCUUUUUAAUCUCAUCAAAAACACAAAGUUACUGUUUUGUUUCUGAAACAGUCGCGUCGAGGAUGAUGUCCUGCUUUCAUAGAAUGCCAACUUUUUUACUC